AUGGACUUUGGUAAAAGUUUUUGUAAGAAUGAAUUUACCAGUGGAAUUGGGUUUAAUGGUGGCGGAAUGAAUAAUGGUGGUGGUGUGGUAUUAAAUUGGAUUGGUAUGAGAAAAAAUGAUGAAUGUAAUGAGAAGAGACCAGCACUUAUUAUAUUGGGACUGGGUAAGAUACCUACAAUGGUUGCAAGAGAACGUGGAAUGGAGCUAUCGAUUGCCUGA